GGAGCCAGGUAGCUGCUGUAUUGACACGUAAGAAUCCUGCGCACUUUUAGGGAAGAAUCUAGGUCUUUCAUCCUCAAGUUGAACAUCUGGUUCGUCUUCCUCGCGUGUGACCAGAUGUAUAGUUAAAGUGUUCGUAAGUAGAGGCUCGUUCGGAUUGUUUCCGGGUGUCGUGGGACUUGACAGUGUCGGUGUCCAACAUGAGAUUCUCGGCGUUCAUUUCUGUCCUGCGGUCGGUCGGCCCGGUGGUAAUCGGUAUUUCUUUGGGCUUCACCUUGAGUUUACUGAGUGUAAGCUGGACUGAAGAAGCAUGCUACUCGGACGCUAAGCAGGGUGAGGACAUGACUUCGGGUCAAGAUGGGCUGCUUAAAGGAGCCAGAAAGCCCAACUCUAUAUCCACUGUGAACGAGGUGGAGUCCGACGAGGAUUUUGAACCGAGGAUAGUCCCAUAUAAACAAGUCCAACAAAGUGCGUCGAAGAAAGUUUUCAGAGCUAAAUACAUAAGCACAGAGUUGGGGAUGCGAGAGCGUCUGUUUGUCGGGGUCCUGACAUCUAAAAACACCAUGAACACCCUGGGGGUAGCUGUUAAUCGCACCAUUAGUCACCACCUGGACACCGUGAUCUUCUUCACUGGCAUGCGCAACCGCAAAGUUCCUCAUGGCAUGUUCGUUGUCUCUCAUGGAGACGAGAGACUGAUAUGGAACAUGUUUCAGAACAUCAAAUACAUUUUGGACCAUUACAUCAACGAAUACGACUGGUUUUACUUUAUCCAAGAUGACGCCUACACGGGAGCUGACAGGAUAAAAGUCCUCGUAGAUCACCUCAGUAUGGACCGAGAGCUUUACAUGGGCAGUCCUGAGGAGUUCAUUGGCGGAAAGAUGGAGGGAAAGUAUUGCUACGGAGGAUAUGGAUACCUCCUUUCACGUACCUUGCUCCUCCGACUUCAGCCCUUCCUGGAAAACUGCAGAAAUGACAUCCUUAGUGCAAGGCCUGAUGAGUGGCUCGGAAGAUGCAUCAUUGAUUAUACAGACACAAACUGUGUCAGUGAGUUUGAGGGGCUGCAGUAUCACCAUUAUGAAUUAGGAAAAAACUCUGACCCCAGUAAAGAGCAGAGUGAACAGUUCAAGAGAGCUGUGGCCGUCCAUCCAGUGUCUGACCCUGAACAGAUGUACCGGCUACACAGAUACUUCACUGAGAUUGAACUGCAGAAGACUUACGAUGAGAUUGCUAAGCUGCAGGAAGAAAUAAAGAAUGUGAGUGUAGUUGCUUUUGAGGGUAAUCGAAGCGCCCAGUGGCCUGUGGGGAUCAAUCCACCCUUUGAGCCGAAAUCUCGGUUCGAAGUUUUAAAGUGGGAAUAUUUUACAGAGGAGGAGAUUUACUCGUGCAUUGAUGGCUCUCCAAAAUGUGAACUGCGUGGCAUUGAUCGCUUGGAUGUUGCUGAUGUCAUUGCCACGGCCAUGGGAGAGUUGAACAAGAAGUACAUGCCUGUCUUACACCUGAAGAAGCAGCAGCUCAUAAAUGGAUACAGGCGCUUCGACCCUAUCAGGGGCAUGGAGUACACCUUGGACCUUCAGCUUGAGGUGGUUAACCAAAAAGGUCAUAGCCGUUCCAUCACUAAGCGGGUUCAUUUGGUGCGACCUUUGAGUCGGAUUGAGAUCAUCCCCAUGCCCUAUGUUACUGAGGCUACAAGGGUCCACAUCAUUAUACCUCUUACUCUGCAGGACAGGACUUAUGUCAACCAUUUCCUGGAAGUCUUUGCCUCUAACGCUUUUGAAACUAGUGAAAAUGCAAUCCUUACUUUCUUGUUUAUUUAUGACCCAGUGGAGGCACAGCAAGUUACCCAAAAUGAUAUAUUUGCCAGUGUGAAGACUCAAAUAAAUGCGUAUGAACACAAAUACCCUGCCGUAAAAAUCCCGUGGAUAAGUGUCAAGACAGAAACACCAUCCCAGAUCAAGUAUAUGGACAUCAUCUCAAAGAAGCACCCAGUUGACACGCUGUUCUUUUUAGCUAAUGCCAACACAAACAUCAAUUCAGAAUUUCUGAACCGCUGCCGUAUGAAUUCCAUCAACAACUGGCAGGUGUUUUUUCCAAUCCACUUCCAGGACUUCAACCCUGAUGUGGCCUAUCACAACCAACAACGUCCUGUCACAUUUGAUCUGGUUAAGGAUGCAGGCCAUUUCGACCAAAGGUCAUUUGAAGAAGCAUGUUUUUACAACUCAGACUACAUGGCAACGCGCACACGCAUGGUGGCAGACGUCCAAGAGAACGAGGAGAUUCUGGACACUUUGGACGUCUAUGACAUGUUUGUAAAGUAUUCCAGUCUACAUGUAUUUAGAGCAGUGGAGCCAGCAUUGCACCAGCAGUACAGGUACCAAGCAUGCAACCCACGGUUGAGUGAAGACAUCUAUCAUAGAUGCAUGCAGAGCAACAUGGAAGGUCUUGGUUCCCGAUCCCAGCUCGCCAUGCUUCUGUUUGAGCAAGAACAAGGAAAUAGCACCUGAAAGCAUCAGUGAAAUUGUGUUCCUGCAUGUUUUAAAUGGAUGUUUAAAUCUUUGAGUUUGGCAAAGCAUGGUGAUGCAAUCUAGAAUUUGGGGUGAACAGGAGCAACACAUGUUGCACCACACAUAAUUUAACCCUUUACUUUUCCCUUUACACAGCCCCUCGUCUGAGGAAGUGAUUACUUAUCAUAAUCAGGUUUAUUGCCAAGUACGUUUACACAUACAAGGAAUUUUUCUUGGUGUUUUGUUACAAACAGUAAACAUAGAAGUAAUAGGCUAUAAAACGGCAGCACUUCUUCUUUCAAGGAAUGUGACUGUGCCUGACAUUCUCCACCUUUUGGUAUGCAUCAGGGGGUUCAUUUGUUUUUUUAAGGUUUUUUUUGUUUUACUAGACAAAAAAUGAAUGCAGUAUGUUUUUAAUAUAACCUUUCUUAAAUGUUUACAAUACUCGUCCAUACAGAUGAGUAGCUAUAACCAAAUGUUUUUGUUACUAUUAUGUUUCUGAAAGCUGUGUUUAUCACUUUUUUUUAACCACUAGGUGGCAGGCACUCACACUAGUAGAGCCCUGGUGUAGUUUUAGGUAUUCUCCAUUACACACCCAGCCCUCACUGAACAACAAGAAACCCAUUUGUAAACUCUCCUCCUCUCUGCUUGUUCAGUUAAAAUUCAAACAUUUACAAUAAUCGUGUUUGGUCCUGGAAAAAAUGUCUUACCUUUGAUUAUUUAUGUUGUGGAGGAAUCAUGCAAAGGGUUCAUUUUAAAACAAUGCAGUUGGUACAGUUGAUUUUAGUUUUGUUUAAUAUUUAACAAAUAGAAAAUGGCAAAAAGCAACUGUAGUUUGUUGCUCUUCAGUGGGAUCAAAGCACGAUUUACACAUGCAGUAAAUAGAUUGUCAUUUCAUUUGAAUGUUAAUAUCCAAGAUAUCGGACAAAAUGUAGAGUUUAUAUAUAUGUUAUUAUUAAUGCACAGCAGGUAGUCUGUGCCUUCACAUAAUAUGAUUGAAACAUUGUCCUUUUAUAUUUACUGAUUUGAGUGUACAAAAAGCGCAUUAUUGUGUAUGUGCCUUCACACUGAUGCAGCAUACGCUGACUGAAAUGAUCUUUUUGUUACAUGGUUUUGCAGUUCCUUCAUUUGAUGUACAGGUGAUUUUUUUCAGAAGAGGUAAAGUCUGUUACUCUGCUGAGAAAAUUGAACAGGAUGUGAUUUUACCUUGAAUUUUUUCAAAGGUGACCUGGUAAUUUUCAGAUCGACUAUCCAAAGACUGUAUAGUGCCUCAAAUAUUGGAAGAUGUUUUUAGAACAAAUCUUCUGUCUUCAGAGAUCAUGGAUGAAAACAUGUAUUCCAGUGUUUCUUUUCUCCAUGAAACAUUGUUACAUGAAGAUUUAUAUGCAAGAGAAAAAUGGGAAAGUCUUUUUAGUUUCAAAUUAUAACUUUAUUAUUAUAGAAAUGAUUAAAAGUAAAAAUAUGAGAAACAUGUCAAAGUAUAGCAGACCAUUUUAAACAAGACAAUAUUUUUCAAAUAUUCCAAAGAUUUUUGGGAAUCUAUUGUAAAAGAUAUCGUAAGUUAAUCAGUAGCAUCAUUGUACUCCAUUUCCUGAGUUCACUUUACGAAAUGGUUGCUUUCUACCAGAAGCAGUGCAGACCGAUGGGAGUUUUUUGUGGAGUGGUACUUGGCACCAGAAAGUUAUAAGUACGUUAUAAUGUGCAAUAUUACAGAUCACAGGACAGGAUAGAUGUCUGAAGUGUGUGUGUGUGUGCGUGUGUGUGUGUGUGGGGGGGGGAUUCUUAAUUUCAAAGACAUUGUUUAUUUUGCAAUUCUGUUCAUGACAUUGCAUUGAAUCAGAAUGGUGCUUUCUGUUCAAUGUAAACUUUAUACACUGUAUUUAUUUUUUACAAGAACUUUAAUGUCAUUUGCAGACACUAGACACUUUCAUCCAUUUGCUUUAAAAUAGAUUAAAUCAAGGCAAGUCCUUUAUUUGACUCAAGUUUAUGUUGGAAACAUUUCAUCCACAGUGGUGGUCCAGACAAGUGACAAGUGUGAUUACAGACCAUGGAGAUCAAGUAGUGCCACCUUUUUGCAAUCAUUUCCUAACGCAUUUCUUUGUUGACGAGAGCAGUCUUCACUGUGACAGUACUCAAGCUGUUGCACGAAUGUUCAAUUUGAUUUUUUUUUCUUUUACACAAGUAUGAUUAAUAAUGUGCAGAAUUUUAAACCGAGUCUUCCAAAAACCACUGUGAAAGAUGGCAGGCUAAGAUUAAGAUAAGAAGUCAUUGUGCUUAUGUAUGCUUUCUGUGCCUAGUGUGGGCAAAGCUAAAGUACAAAGUUAGUGUUUUGGAUUAACAACUUGUGUUAUCAACACAGCCAACAUUGAUGAGUGGUCUAAAGAAAUGUGCCCAUCAUUUAUUUAUCCGUCAUUUCUCUAUGAAUCAUGCAGAAUCUGAAUGCUUCUGUCCUAAUAGAGGCUUUCAUGACAUUCUCUAUACGUGUUUGAAUAUUGUAUAGACUCUGUUAUUAAGCCUUCUUUUGCUUAAUUUACACAGCAAUCAAUCAAUACAUACACAUUAUGUAUAUGAUAUAUAAUAUAUGGAAUAUAUAGUUGGUUGUUGUUGUUUGGGAGACAAAAAGAAAACCUACUGUAUCUUACUUUGUGGUAUAAAUCAUGUUUGAACAUAAUGACAAUUUGAAAUGCUUUACAUGGAAUUCAUAUAGAAUGAGUUAUGCAUAUGUGUACUAGCAACACCAAAGCAAUAUAUCUUGAUUAUUCAAAAUAAUAAUAAUAAUUGUGUGCUGUAAUUCCCAAUGAACUGUGAAUGUUUGUAAUUUUUAAAUAAAGAUUAUAUUAAAAAAGAAAAA